AUGAAACCGGUUUGUUCAUUAUCUUUUACAGAAGGUGGCCUGGAUGAAGAAAAAUGGAGUGAAACGUUUCCUGCCUGUGCUGGAAUAAAUCAAUCCCCAAUUGAUAUAAAGAGGAAACAAGCAGAAUAUAACCCACGUAUUGCACAAUUACAGCUUAGUGGUUAUGAAGGAUCUCAAGAAGAAUCAUUCACAAUGACAAACAAUGGCCAUUCAGUACAGAUCAUUUUACCACGUACCAUGCUUAUCAGCAGUGGACUUCCCAACAACUACACAGCCGUUGAGAUGCACUUUCACUGGGGCGGACUAGACCUGGAGAGCAGUGGGUCAGAGCACACUGUUGAUGGGAUGCGGUACCUUGCUGAGCUGAAUGCAGAAGUAACGGAAUCCAUCUCUGAUACAGUCAAUGUUACUAAUAUGAUGGAUAACUCAUGUAAGUCUGCCUUGCAAGCGUUAGAAACAGCAGAUGAUGUUGAAGAUGAAGGGUUUCUCAAUCUCUUCAUCUGA